UUUUGCUUUCUUAGGUCAAUUUGUUGUUGAUGAAAUCGUAGAUACACGUGUUAAGAAUUGCCCACCUGAGAAAUUCAAUAUCCCUAUUCCAAAUAACCAUAUUUUCCACUCUAAAAUCGGAAGUGGACAGAUGCCAUUUGAUAGAAGUCAAUACGAUACGACCACUGGCCAAUCUAAUCCACGUGAACAGAUUAAUGCCGCAACCCCAUGGAUAGAUGGAGGUGUAGUCUAUGGCUCAUCAAAGGUUUGGGCAAAUGCUCUACGCGAAUAUAAAGGUGGUCGUUUAGCCGGUGAAUCAGUGGACUCGAUUUGGCCUGAAUCCAAUAAAGACGGUUUACAGAUGGUAAUUCCAACGCGUACUCUUCAAAAAUAUGGAUAUGACUCAUUUUUUAGUAAGAAUGUCUAAUUACUUAAUAAUGUAGUUAAGUACGUAUAUUUCAGCAAGUGUGUCAGACCCUUUACUGGUGAAAUUGGUUUAAUUUAGUGUUUUAAGUGAUUUUCUUUAUUCUUACCACUAUUGUCGCUUUAAUUGGCAUUAUGGGCUGUUGUAACAAAUAUUUAAAUUUGCAUUUAAGUGACAAGUUUUAGAAGCUUAGAGGUUUUAAAGUGGAUAUAGU